CCAGUGACCAUUGUUGUUGGUUCUCAAAUUUGGGUUGAAAAUCCAGAAUUAGUUUGGAUUGACGGAGAAGUAAUAAAUAUUAAGGGAGAGGAUGCUGAGAUUCAAGUUAGUAAUGGGAAUAAUGUCGUUGCAAAGGUGUCAAAAAUAUAUCCAAAGGAUAUGGAAAUGCCUGCUGGUGGAGUUGAUGACAUGACUAAGCUAUCAUACUUGCAUGAACCUGGAGUUCUUUGUAAUUUGGCAACUAGAUAUGAGAGCAAUGAAAUUUAUACUUACACCGGAAACAUUCUCAUCGCCAUCAAUCCAUUCCAAAGUCUCUUACAUCUGUAUGAUACUGUUAUGAUGGAACGGUAUAAUGGAGUGCCAUUUGGAGAACUGGGUCCUCAUGUUUUUGCAAUAGCCGAUGCUGCAUACAGGGAAAUGAUUAAUGAGGGUAAAAGCAACUCUAUUCUGGUUAGUGGGGAAAGCGGAGCUGGUAAGACUGAAACAACUAAAAUGCUUAUGCGUUACCUUGCCUAUUUGGGCGGAAAUGCUGCAGCUGAAGGACGGACUGUUGAACAACAAGUUUUAGAAUCAAAUCCAGUUCUUGAAGCCUUUGGUAAUGCUAAAACUGUUAAGAAUAACAAUUCCAGCCGCUUUGGGAAAUUUGUCGAGAUUCAAUUUGAUAAACGUGGUAGAAUAUCAGGGGCAGCCAUCAGAACUUAUCUCCUAGAGAGAUCUCGUGUUUGCCAAAUUUCUGAUUUAGAGCGUAACUAUCACUGUUUUUAUCUCCUUUGUGCUGCUCCGGAACAGGAAAAAGAGAAGUAUAAGUUGGGAGAUCCUAAGUCAUAUCACUAUCUUAAUCAAUCAAAUUGCUAUCAACUGGAUGGUAUAAGUGAUGAACAUAAUUAUCUCUCCACAAGGAGAGCCAUGGAUGUUGUUGGAAUAAGUGUAGUAGAACAGGAGGCUAUUUUCAGUGUUGUUGCUGCAAUUCUUCAUCUCGGUAAUAUUGAUUUUGCGAAUGGGGAAGAUAAUGAUUCAUCUGUUCUGAAAAAUGAUGAAUCCCUUUUUCAUCUUCAAAUGACAGCAGAACUUCUAAUGUGUAAUCCUCGUGCCCUGGAAGAUGCACUGUGUAAGCGUGUAAUGGUUACUCCUGAAGAAAUUAUUAAAAGAAGUCUUGAUCCCCAUGGCGCAACAGUUAGCAGAGAUGGUUUGGCCAAGACUAUAUACUCUCGUUUGUUUGACUGGUUGGUGGAUAAAAUCAAUGUCUCAAUUGGACAAGACCCUAGCUCAAAAUGUCUGAUCGGGGUCCUUGAUAUAUAUGGUUUUGAAACCUUUAAAACUAACAGUUUUGAGCAGUUCUGUAUUAAUUACACUAAUGAAAAGCUGCAACAACAUUUCAACAAGCACGUAUUCAAGUCGGAACAAGAGGAGUACACUAGAGAGGAAAUUGAUUGGAGCUACAUAGAAUUUGUUGAUAAUAAAGAUGUCCUGGAUCUCAUUGAACAGAAAAAAGGUGGAAUUAUUGCUCUGCUUGAUGAAGCUUGCAUGUUUCCAAAAUCAACUCAUGACACAUUUUCACAAAAGCUGUAUCAGACUUUCAAAGAUAACAAACGCUUCAUCAAGCCAAAACUGACCCGCUCAGAUUUCACCAUUGUUCAUUAUGCAGGAGAAGUACAAUAUCAGUCUGAUCAAUUUCUAGACAAAAAUAAAGACUAUAUUGUUCCAGAGCAUCGAGAUUUGUUGAGUGCUUCAAAAUGCUCUUUCGUAGCAGGCCUUUUCCCUUCACUUACUGAGGAGGCGGCCAAAUCUUCCAAGUUCUCAUCUAUCAGUUCUCGUUUUAAGCUACAACUCCAACACUUGAUGGAAACACUAAAUGCUACAGAACCCCAUUACAUUAGAUGUAUAAAGCCAAAUAAUGUCCUAAAGCCUGCAAUAUUUGAGAAUAUGAAUGUCGUGCAACAACUACAUUCUGGUGGUGUUUUAGAGGCAGUCCGAAUAAAAUGUGCAGGAUACCCUACUUACAGGAGUUUUUUUGAAUUUUUAACUCGAUUUCGUAUCCUGGCCCCUGAGGUUCUAAAAAUGGACUGUCCUGAAAACGAAGCCUGCGAAAAGAUUCUGGAGAAGAUGGGGCUUAAAGAUUAUCAGAUAGGGAAAACAAAGGUUUUCCUAAGAGCUGGUCAGAUGGCUGAGCUAGAUGCAAAGAGAACACUCAUGCUUGGCGACUCAGCUAAGGUGAUUCAAAGGCGAGGCCGAACUCGUAUUACUCGUAGAAAGUAUGUUUCUAUACGGGAGGCUUCUAUUUGUGUACAAUCAUUUUGCAGAGGAGAAUUGGCUCGCAAGUUAUAUAAGCUCAAGAAGCGGGUGAAUGCUGUAGUUAAAAUUCAGAAGACUGCACGUAAACGGCUGGCGAGAAAAGACUAUGUCAAAAUCUUGUUCUCUUCAGUUGUCUUACAGACUAGUUUACGGGCAAUGGUUGCUCGUGAUGAACUUAGAUAUAAGGUUAAGGUUGCAAUUAUUAUUCAGACAGGUUUACGGGCAAUGGCUGCUCGUGAUGCUUUUAGAUAUAGAGUUAAUGCGGCAGUUAUUAUUCAGACAGGUUUACGAGCAAUGGCUGCUCGUGAUGCUUUUAGAUGUAGAAUGCAAUCUAAGCCGAGAGUUAUUGUUCAGACUGACUUGGAAAAAGCAGAAGGAGAAGAGGCAACAAAGUUGGAGGUCUCUGUGCAAGAUAAUACUGAAUUGGAAAAGGCAAAAGGAGUGGAAGCAACGAAGUUGGAGUCCUCCAUGCAAAGUAAUGUAAUCAAAGUUGGUGAAACAGACAUGUCAUCUAAAAUUCUGGUUUCACAGAUAGAAAUUGAAGAUAUUACCAAAGAAAUCCCAAGUCCUGAAAAAAAUGCUGAAAAGAUCAAAAUUCUUACUGCAGAAGUUGAAAAUCUGAAGGCCAUGCUGCAAGCAGAAAAACAAAGAGCCAAUGAGUGUGAAAGGAGAUACGUAGAAGCCCGGGUAUCAAGUGAGGAAGGACGUAAAAAGUUAGAGGAAACUGAAAGAAUAGUACAUCAACUUCAGGACUCUUUGAACAGGAUGAUAUAUUGCAUGUCAAACCAAGUUUCGGAACUGAAAACAAUCUUAUCUACCGCAUCCAAAUCAAGUUCAACAACUGCAGGACCUUUUGUUAGACACGAAUGGUUCGAUAGCAUUUCCAGUAACUCUGAAUGUUCAUCCACUGACUCAGAUUUUACUUUUCCAGCUCCAACGCCAACCUCAGCUAACUUUUCUCCCCCCUGCACCAAUUCUCUCAAGCUCAUAGUUCAGGACAUUUCAGCCGGAGAUGUUUCAGGAUCUGAAAGUGAGAAGGAGGGGGGCGCUUUUGAUGACUUCUUCUGACGGAGCCUGUUCUAAUUAUUUUUCUUCUUUCUUGCUUAGAUAUGCGUCUCUCAUAAAACGUCAGAUUUUGGCACUGUAUAUAGGACACCAGACUUGAACAUAUCGUCCCGUAUGCUUCAUACAGGAUCAUAGAUCGACAAAUUUCUCUCAGGAAGCUGUAGAUCAUUUAGUCAGGUAGUGUUAGCGAAGGGGUCAAAUGUAGUAAAUUUUAGAGUAGGAUGUAGUUUGACCUCAUCCACUAACAUCCUUUGUGAUUUCACUUUGCCCUGAUAACCGGCCAUGGGCUUAUCGUGCGUAAAUGUUGAUCAUAAAACUCUCUUGAGUAAGUUAAUUUUCUUCUGCAUUGUCUUUGUAGACCCUACUUUUUAUCUUGUUCAAAUGUAAUGGGACCUCCAUCUCAACUUGAGAACACAAAAGACCACUUAACAAGAAGCAGCAAGCUAAUGAGGAGUUCGUCAUCAAUGUAUUGCCCAAGGGCAGAAGUAUUUGCUGCCUUAGUUUUUUUUUUUUUUUUUUUUUUG